AUGACUAGACGAAAAAAGAAGGAUGAAGAAGAGCAACAAGAAGAUAAAGAUGAAAUUUAUUUAUCCAAGAAUAAUGCAAAUACUACUAUAGAGCAAGAAGUACAGUACCUGAAGAAGCUAUUAGAAACAAAGAAUGAAAUAAUUUUAGAUAAAGAGAGGUAUAUCAAUCAAUUAGUUAAUGAGAACAGACGUUUACAGGAGCAUUAUGAAUUGAUCAUUAGCAGUAUAGUGGAUAAAGAAACCAUAAUCACUUCUUUGGGGAAAAUAAAUGAAAGAGUUGAAAAAAUAGAAGCUACUACCUCAUACACCCGUUGUAAUGAUGUAAUUAAAUCAUAUAGUGGAGCUGUAAAAGAGUCAAAAAAAAAGCAGAGAUGA